AUGUCUGAUGACCUCACCCUGCAGAGACCGAAAACCACAGACUCUGAUGACCUCACCCUGCAGAGACAGAAAACCACAGACUCUGAUGACCGCACCCUGCAGAGACAGAAAACCACAGACUCUGAUGACCUCACCCUGCAGAGACCGAAAACCACAGACUCUGAUGACCUCACCCUGCAGAGACCGAAAACCACAGACUCUGAUGACCUCACCCUGCAGAGACCGAAAACCACAGACUCUGAUGACCUCACCCUGCAGAGACAGAAAACCACAGACUCUGAUGACCGCACCCUGCAGAGACCGAAAACCACAGACUCUGAUGACCUCACCCUGCAGAGACAGAAAACCACAGACUCUGAUGACCUCACCCUGCAGAGACCGAAAACCACAGACUCUGAUGACCGCACCCUGCAGAGACCGAAAACCACAGACUCUGAUGACCUCACCCUGCAGAGACAGAAAACCACAGACUCUGAUGACCUCACCCUGCAGAGACCGAAAACCACAGACUCUGAUGACCGCACCCUGCAGAGACCGAAAACCACAGACUCUGAUGACCUCACCCUGCAGAAACCGAAAACCGCAGCGUGA